GUCUCUCAUCCUGCACACAGAUGCGCAGUACUGUGACCGGCUACAUAAACUCAUCACAACCAUCUGUGUACAAGAGACUGACAUGGAAAGAGCUUCAUUUUAAGAGUUUGUCCCAAAAGGAAACCUUUGAGUCAGAGACGAGUGUCCUGCCAACAUGUUCAGCACCAAAAGACUCAAGAAGAAGUCCCAGUCGGUGGAUAUCGGCUCUCAAUGUUUUCCGGCGCGACUCAUCCCGAGUCUGUCCUUAAACAGAUCUUCACCACCUGUUGCCAAGACAACCACAUCAGAGGUGCAAGAAAACAACACCACCAAUUCCCAGCGCCGUGGUCCUCGGUGCAGCGAUCUGAAACGAGGAUACACAAUAGAUACCGGCCAGAAGAAGACGCCAGAGAAGAAGGAUGGAAGGCGAAUGUCAUUCCAGAGACCGAAGGGCACCAUCGAGUAUUCCGUGGAGUUGCGGGACACUCUGAACAGUAUUGCGCUGAAGUUUGACACAACUCCCAAUGAACUUGUUCAGCUCAACAAACUCUUCUCCAGAAAUGUGGUCCCCGGUCAGGUUCUGUAUGUGCCUGAUCCGGAGUACGUGUCUAGUGCGGGGAGCUCUCCCUCCUUCAGUCCCAGCAGCCCGCUCUCUCCCACCUCCUCAGAAGCUGACCUGGAGAAAGUGAGCAGGGACUCCAAUGGUCCACCUCGCUCUGAUGCUCCUGUCCCUCCCGUCUUCUCUGCCCUGCGGCCCUCCCGUGUGGUUUCCUCCACCUCGGAGGAAGAAGAGGCACUGACAGAGAAGUUCCUCAAAAUCAAUUGCAAGUACAUCACAGAUGGCAAGGGUGUUGUUAGCGGGGUGUUGCUGGUGACACCAAACAACAUCAUGUUUGACCCUCACCGGACAGACCCUCUGGUUCUGGAGAGAGGCUGUGAGGAGUACGGCAUCAUGUGUCCACUGGAUGAGGUUCAGUCUGCUGCCGUUUACAGAGAGAUCACUGACAGCAAGAUCCGUGACUCCAUACCACCGCUAAAACAUGCUCUGCCCCCAGUUUUUAACUUUGCUCCACUUCUGUGGUGGGCUUUUAGGAUGAGCUUAUAUUUCUGUGUUUCAGGCGUCAUGGUGUCCAAGGAGAGGCAAAAGUCUCACAAGUUUCUGUGUCUGCGGGUUGGCAAGGCCAUGAAGAAGACGUUUGUGUCCAAUGCCAGUGCCUCCAUGCAGCAAUAUGCACAGCGUGACCGUAAGCAUGAGUACUGGUUUGCCGUUCCCCAAGAGAGGUCAGACCACCUGUACGUUUUCUUCAUCCAGUGGAGCCCAGAUGUAUUUGGGGAUGGGGUAGGAAGCAUCAGCCAUGAUCCUGGCUUCAUCGUGGUGAAGAAAAUCGAGGAGUCAGAGGCAAACGAGGAGCAACAGACUGUAGAAAAUUCAGAUAAAGAGUGGGAGGUAGUAUCAUGGACUGAGUACCACCGCCGGAUCGAUGCGUUAAACAGUGAAGAUCUGCGCUCCCUAUGCAAACGCCUUCAGAUCACCACGAAGGAGGAUGUAAACUCCAAACAUGGCAUGUCCGUCACCACCAGCCUGGAGCCAGAGACUUUUAAGCCCAACCUGAACGAACCCAGUGACCUUCUGGAGGCCGAGCAGAUUGAGAAGCUGGCAAAACAUCUCCCACCCAGAACCAUCGGUUACCACUGGAAUCUGGCCUUCAGCACAUCGAAGCAUGGCAUGAGCAUUAAGACGCUGUACCGAGCCAUGCAGGAUCAGGACUCACCCAUGCUGCUGGUCAUCAAAGACAGUGAUGGACAGAUAUUUGGGGCUUUGGCAUCAGAACCGUUCAAAGUCAGUGAGGGUUUCUAUGGCACAGGAGAGACUUUCCUGUUCACCUUUUAUCCAGACUUUGAGGCACACAAAUGGACUGGGGAUAAUCUGUUCUUCAUUAAAGGUGACAUGGACUCUUUAGCCUUUGGAGGAGGAAGUGGUGAGUUUGGCCUUUGGCUGGACGAGGAUCUUUAUCACGGCAGGAGUCAUUCAUGCAAAACCUUCGGGAAUCCCAUGCUCUCCACGAAGGAGGAUUUCAUCGUGCAGGAUAUUGAGAUCUGGUCGUUUGAGUAGCAGCUCACAUGGAGGUACCUUUUGUUGAGAGAGUAAUUGGACAACAGGCAGAUCCCAAACCUUACUGCACAUCACCGCGACUCCCAGGACGCCUGUAACGGAUGCUACUCUUACAGUGCUUGUCGUAUGUUACUCCUGCAUUUAAUACAGAGCUCUUCUUUGUGCUGUUUAGUAUGUGUGUGUUUUGUUCAAGCCGUGUGCAGUGUCUAUAACCAACGGGACCCCCUGAGCACUUUUAACAUCAAAUGGAGAUGAGGAUGUUGAUGGUGGUGGAGGCAGCAUGGGGUUUGGGCUACCCGAGAACUGCCAUAGUCCAAUUUAGCUGAGCCAAAGCGCCAGGAGUCUGUUGAAGAGAUGGUGUUAGCCGAUAGCACGUCACUACUAUUGAUGGGGGGAAAACUCAACUACAGAAAAAGAAAUGCUAACACAUUCCCUUGCUCUCAGAGGAAGAAUAUGCAUUUUUGGGACAUCGAACGAUGGCGGUGGCAUCCACGAGAUCACAUCCGUAAUUUCUUUUGAGGCGAAAUAUUCAAGUGUUGUGAAAUUCGUAGUUUUUCUGUCGUUCACUAUCAUAGCACACCAUGUCGAAGCACAUAAUCGGAAACCCCAUAGUCGUAAUGUUCUGUUCGGUGGGUUUUACGUGUGAGUGUGGCUAACGUCGACACCUCCACUUCUGACGGGGCGAAUUUUACUGUUCGUAUGUGUUGCAAUAGAUUUGUGGAAUAUGCAAAUUCCUGUCCUGUGACCUCAAAUAAUCCAGACGGGGUACCUUUGUUUUCCCUGUUUCUCUUUCCAAGAGACCUUUUACGUCUUUUCAGAUUACUUGCUUUUCUGGCUAUCAUUUGAAAAGCCUGAGACGUGGUUUAAUUGUUUUUCAUGAAUAUAAUGACAAUUCUAUAUUUAUGUAUAUGAUUUUAUUUAUAUAUAUAUAUAUAUAUAUAUAUAUACAAAUAUAUAUAUAUAUAUAUAUAAUGAUAUAUAUAUUGCUGUUAAGUGUGACAGUGAUCUUUUUUUUGUGCUGAUAUCUCAGCUGUUACUAAUAUAUUGUAUAUUACCCUGUAAAUUAAUGUUAAAAUAGUAGAUUUGUUCCUAUAUAUAUAAAUAUAUAAAUGAAUAUACAGUGUGUGGAUUGGUGGGUUGCUUUUCACACUUUAUAAAUCUAGUUUCAAUCCAGGUUCUUCAGGCCUCAUUAGCAGUAGCAGUACAGUAUAUAUUUUUGUUUAUUGUCUUUUAGAUCAUAGAGUAAAUUAAAUCGUUUAUAAAGAGCUUGCUGCUACUGUGGAGAGGAAAAGUCUCAGCGGUCGAGCACAGGGUCGAAUGUGACGGACUCCAGCAGGGAAAGUCUCUUUUUCUCACAUGUCCUGUCCCAGCUUUUUCUUUUUUUGGUCUGGUCUUUUGUUUUUUUUCGGUGUCUAGAUUGACUGUGCGCACAGCGAGAGGAACACGUACGUCCUUUCAGAGUCACAGACGAGAAGUGCAACAAAUCCUUCAUCUACUUCGCCGGAAUAUAAUGUUACAGUGAUGUAUAAAGAACAAUGAAUACUAAUAAAUUGUUGUUACCUGGGACAGAA